AUGGCCGAAUUCGCCCCCAUCAUCCAGGUCGUUGCCUGGGGCACAAAGCUGUCGCUCAGCCUGUACGACUUCGCCAUCCAAAACCACUCAGCUACCCGAGACGCCAACCGCAUCGCAAAGAGUGUCAGCCUCUUCUCGCUCAUGCUGAAGCAGGUUGGCACUUUGCUCCGGGAAGACGUCGCCUCGCCCUCGCCCGAGUCCUACGAGACCGUCCAGGACAUCACCCUGCUCGCUCAACAUGCUUUUGCCGCCAUCGACGAAGUCCUUGCAAGCAGGCCGCAGCCGAAUGAUCCCGAUGGCUCUGCCUCUUCGCCGCCGCGAAAACUGGACCUUGUCUCCAAGAGCAAGCUGCACUAUCUCCUUGCCUAUGUCGACGCUCUGAACUCGACCCUGUCUGUCAUGCUCCAGGCUUUUUACACGGUGCGCGUCAUUGCAUGGUCGAGAUCUCGCCAAGAUCGAGCCCCGGCCUCUGCCGCUGAUGCAGUUGCUAACGAACGCUCUCAACUGGAAGUCUUGGUCAUCGAGCAACAGCUCCUCCUCCUUGAUGUCUCCGAGGCCCAUGAUGAAUACCGCCGCAGCCGCGACUUCGCUGCCUCUCCGAGCAACUCUGUGCACUCUGAUCACAGGGAUCUCGCUACAGACCAGGACAGGACUCCGUCUCCGAGCACUCUUGAAAAAUACAAGGACCAAUCGAUCAAGACCGCGGACUUUCCGGUCAAUGUCACUGAAAGCUCCGCCUUGGUCCGCAGCAUCUCGUCUAGAUUUAGCAACGAUAUUUUGCAUAGAUGGACAAGGCUGAGCCAUAUCGAACGCCGGCUGUCCGCGGCUGAAGAAUAUCCUGGCACCCUUCCGAAGAUCCAGCAAGGGCUCCAACGCCGAGAUAGCUAUCAGCCCCGUGUAGAGUCCGAAAGCGAGGACGAAGCAAGCCCCCACCUGACGCAGAGAGAUUCCGAAGUAACGUCUCCGCGACCGCAAGGAACACCAAGUUUCCACCAGGCUGGAGCCAUGGAACGAAACGCCCUGCCGAUCCCGGCAGCAGGCAUCCAAAAUCUUCGAUCAAGCGCCCCUUUCUCACCAGGGGGCACUUAUGCUUGCCUUUCUCCUUCCACUGCGUACCUGCCAGCCGGGGCAUCGCCAGCCCGAUCACUAAAUUCGGGAUACUUUCCUUCAUCUCCGCGCGCUAGUCUUAAUGCCAUCGGACCAAAUCAGGGCCCGGCGCCUGAGGUUAGAGAAAGGGCCACCAGUAAUGGACUCGGUAUUCCAUGGAGGCUCUGGCAGGGGAGCAAUAGGUGGGAUUUCGUCGACGAUCAGGUCAUGAACAGCAAUACGCAAAUGCCGGUGGAGAAGGCUUACGCCGAGCGUAAUAGCUGGACGGAGAUAAUGCAAACUUGGGUACGGAGAGAGGCGAUUGAGGAAGCUCGAUAUAGCUUCAACCAGGUGCAGAAGGAAAUACCGGACGGAAAACGCACAAGGUUUGAGACGUGCUUUUGUAUCGGAAAGGCCCUUACUUACACGGAGAUUCGAGGUCUCGUCGAUCGAUCCGUCGAGCUCUUUCGACAGGCGCAAUAUGACCCACGGCUUAAUGCGGAGCUGAGUGACUCCAAAAGCAGUGCCCGAAGCAUCAACAGUGCAGAGUCUUCCCGACGCGACCGAACCCGGAAGAGUCACAGCGACCGGCCGCGGGGUGAUUUCGACUCUUCGACCAACGACUCUGACUCUGACGCCCGCCCUCGUGCGCGGCGCACGACUUCCUCGUCGAACUUCAACAACCGCAGAAGUGGUAGCAGGCGUAAGAAAGAACGCGAGAAGAGAACCAGCGGUAGCCAUGCAUUCGGUACCUUGGCCAAGUAUGGCGGCGUUGCAGCUCUUCUCGAAGGGUUACCGGAUAUCCUCCGCGGCAUCUGA